GUUCUAUGAGCUGCCAUAAACUCAAGAGCAGAAGAGGAAGAAGAAGAAUAAGAAUACUAACGAUUACAAUAGAUUAAUGCUGAAUUACAAUAAUAUGCUGAUUUGCUGCUUGAACUGGAUUUUUUGAUGAAUAGAGUUCAAAGGACAUUUAUUUGAAAUCUUUUGUCAUAAAUGUCUUUACUGUCACUUUUGAUUAAUUUAAUACAUCUUUGCUGAGUAAAACUAUUAAUUUAAUAAAAAACUUUUGAAUUAGUGUACAAUAUAUGCAUUAUUUGUUUAGUACCAUGGUAAGUAUUAAAGUAUUUCCCUCUAUAAUCCAUCACUGUACCAUGAUACUGCCAAUAUGUUUUUGUAAGGAACAAAUGGCCAACACUAAACCAUUUAAAUCUCUCCUAACACUUACUGUUAUGUCAGACAUCACAUUUAAUGACAAAAUUGUAAAAUGUGUGGAAAGGGAAAGAGCAGCAUGUGUCUGUGAGAGGUGUGCGUCUGUCAAUACUCAAAGUCACCAGCUGCUGACAUCACAACAAUAGAGCUGAAGAGUUUGAGUAAGAGCGACUCCUUUAAAACGAUUCCUGCUCCUCCUGCGCGAUUCUUCAGACUGGGACCGUGUCCGGAGGAGCUGCGAACCUCCUCAUACGCUAUACAUUGAGUUUUAUUUCAUGUGAGAUCGUGACAGGUCAGAUUUCUUUGCCAUGAAAGAAUAGAGAUUUUGUGUGUUUUAGAAGGAUGAUGAUUUCUUCAUGUUUCCUCCUGUUCUUUAUUGUUUCUCAGUUGCAUCUGGCCUGAGAUUCUCUUGGAUUCCAGACGUUCAGUUCGCUGUCGGGAUGUACGGACUGCUGUGUGAAAGUCUCCAUGACUUCAUCAAGGAGUCGUACGGUGACGAUGUGUGGAAACUUGUCAGAGAGAGAGCCGACGUCAGACUGCACUCCUUCGUCACUCAUCAGGUGUACAGUGAGAGUGUGAUUCCACGUAUCGCUAAAGCAGCGAGUGGCGUCACAGGAACACCCUAUAAUGAGCUCAUGAACUCAUGGGGCGUUUAUUUCCUCGGAUUCGUGGGGAAAUACGGAUAUGACAGAAUCCUCAAGGUGUUGGGCCGUCAUGUGCGUGACUUUGUAAAUGGUCUGGAUAACCUGCAUGAGUACCUGCGCUUCAGUUACCCAAAAGUCCAGCCGCCGACCUUCUUCUGCCAGGAGGAAUCAGCUACAGGAGUCACUCUGCAUUACAGGAGCAAACGUAAAGGAUACCUGCACUAUGCCAUGGGUCAGCUGAGACAGAUGGGAAAACAGUUCUAUGACACUGACAUCCAUGUUGAGGUUUUGUCCGAGCAGCUGGUGGGAGAUUAUUCACAUGUCACCAUGAGAUUAAACUUUGAUAACUCUGCGUAUCGAUAUAUCCAGAAAGAGGAUGAAGAGGAACAAGAGAUCCUUCCCAUCACCAGUGACUUUUUCUUUGAAGUUUUUCCCUUCAACAUCGUGUUCAGACAGGAUAUGGUUGUUCAUAAUGUUGGCUCUGGAUUGGCCACGGUCUUUCCUGAUCUGGAUGGGAAGAAGAUCAACGAUGCUUUUCUACUUGCUCGUCCUCUUGUGGAGUUUACUUGGAACAUGAUCAUCUCGCACCCCAACAACCUGUUUGAGAUCAUGUCGAAGGAGCCGGUGAAGCGAGAGAGGAACCUUCAUAACAGAGUGCAGAACUCUGAUUAUGAGAACGCCAAUCGCUCGGCUGACGUGGACGUGGAGCUGAUGGCCUUUCAGUCAAUCAUCGGGGACGAUUAUAAAGAUGGAAACAGCGCUAAUGCGAUGGAGAGCUGGGGUGACGGCAGCCGCUGCCUGAAACUGAAGGGUCAGAUGAGGUACAUGCCGGAGUGGGAGUCCAUCAUCUUCCUGGGGACUCCAGUCAUGGAGAGUUUAAGUGCCAUGUUUAAGACGGGGCUGUACAUCAAUGACCUGAGCAUGCAUGACUCGAGCAGAGAUCUGGUGCUGGCAGGAACUCAACAGUCUGAAGAGCUCAAGAGAGCCCUCAUACAGGAGCAAAAGAAAUCCAGUAAACUAGAGGAAAGCAUGAAAAUGUUGGACUAUGAGAUGAAAAAAACAGAUGAUCUUCUGUACAGAAUGAUUCCUAAACCUGUUGCUAAGCGACUGCGAAAGGGAGAACCAGCUGUGAACACCUGUGAGGUGUUUCCUGAUGUGACCAUCCUGUUCAGCGAUGUGGUGGGCUUCACUCGUAUCUGCAGCCAUAUCACACCCAUGCAGGUGGUCUCCAUGCUCAACACCAUGUACACGCUCUUCGACACGCUCAGCGAGAAGCACCGAGUGUUUAAGGUUGAAACUAUAGGUGAUGCGUACAUGGUGGUGGCAGGCGCUCCAGAAAAGACGAAGUAUCACGCCCACAAUAUUUGUGACAUGGCUCUAGAUAUGGUUCGCUCUAUUGAUCAUCUCAAAGACCCGUCCAAUGGAAACAACAUCCAGAUCCGUGUGGGAAUUCACUCUGGGAUGGUGGUCGCUGGGGUUGUAGGUCACAAGAUGCCUCGCUAUGGUCUUCAUGGUGAUACAGUUCACACGGCUUCUGCCAUGGAGAGCAAUGGGAAGGAAAUGCACAUUCAGCUGAGCAGCGCUACUUACGAGCACCUGAAAGGAAGUCACUUCAUCUUCGAGAGACGUGGUACCAUCACCAUCAAGGGGAAUGUGGAGAUCGAGACAUACUGGCUAAAAGGAAAGCGAGAUAAAGAUGGAAAUGCUCAGGCCGCCUGCCCACAGUUUGAAGCUCAGACCAUCAGUAAAGCCGCCAUUUCUGCUCCUGAACCGCCCAGUGAUGAGGAAGUGAUGGUGUUUCCCUCAGUGGCAGGUGAAGAUGAGGACGAUGUGAAAUCCAUCCGCUCUCACCGCAUGAAGAUGGAAACCUCUGGAAACUCUCUGGAGGAGUCGAUGGAGGAGUGUCGGGUGGAAGAAACGUCUGUCAGUAAGUCUCAUUAUAAGGACGCUCUGCAGGACAGCAGUCUUCAGGAUCCGCACAUUGAGCUCGACUCGGCUGAGUUUGAUGGCCGGGAUUCAAUAAUGGAAUCUCCCACCAGCUCCUGUGAUUCCCACGGCUCUGAGAAAAGCACCAUGUGCUCCGUGUGCUAAUCACAGUCAUCACGACGGGGCUUUGAAAUCGAUUCUGAGAGUCUGUUUUAAAGUUAUUGAUCUGAAUUUGUUGCCCAAAGAAUUCUGUAAAUUGGAUUCACUGGAUCGUCUUGUAAAUAGAUUAGAUUGAACUGAAAUGUGCUUAUUGUGUUGUUUUCUCAUCUCUACUUCGUCUAAAUCUCUGUUCCCUUUUGAUUUAUGCUUUAUAUUGACACCUUUAUUCAUUAAUUUUUUAAGAAUCUGACAGAAAUGUCCUACUCAUAUUUCAUCCCAAAAUCAGCAUAAAUUUGUUCUAUCAUGAUCUAUACUUUACAAUAUACUUUACUGUUUUUUGAUCAAUUAAUUUGAUCAAUUUAUUACUGAAUAAAAGUUUUUAUUUCUUUAAAAUAAAAUAAAAUCUUACACUUUUGUGGUGCA